AUGGCAUCUGAUAGUGAACUUGAUCGAAAUGCUAUCUUUGAAAAAUUUGCUUCAAUAAAACGUAUGCAUGAUGAAGUAGGUAGAAAACAAACGGAAGACUAUCAAAAGCGUCUACAAAAAUUGAAGGAAGAAGAAUCUAAUUAUAUGGCUAAAUUACUAGCUCAACAAAUUCCAAAUCGAUCUCAACAAGAUGUACCACCUAUUCGAGUAGAAAAUUCAGCACGUCGUGAUUUAUUUUUAACAUCAAAAAAUGGUACUAAUCAAUCUGAUGUUCCAUUAUCACAACAACAUUAUCCAUCAUAUAAAUUAACAAAUCGUUCUUCAUCUCAUCAUCAAGAUUCAUAUGAUAAUAGAGAUUAUGAAUGGAAUAUUGACGAUGAUAUUCAACCAUUAAAUAUAACCGAUAAUGAAAUACUUGAUGAACGUAUAACAAAUCGUAUAACAAAUGAUGAUGAAUCUGAAGAUUCAUAUAUAACUGCUUAUCAUCAAUUACUUCAAACUCAUCAUCAUCAACAACAACAAAUAAUAGCUCAACAAGAACAAGAAAAUAUGUUAUCAACUAUAUUUGAAGCAUCAUGUGAAGAUGCAACACCUAUGACAUCACUUGUUGAUGUACAUCAACAACGUACACAAAUAUCUCCAAAAUUACCAUCGAUUCCAAUUUCUGAAGAUAAUCUUAGUGACCAAGAAGAAGAAGAAGAAGAAGAAGAAGAAGAAGAAAAAUUUGUUCGUCCAAUAGCACCAUCAUUUUCUUCAAUUGAUGAAAUGCCUAUUUCAACAAUAUUUGUAAAAAAUGAAAAUUUAAAAUACAUUAUAUCAAAUAUGACAUCUACAAUUGAAAUUACUUCUUCAACAACUAUACCAAUAAACAAUUCAAAGAUUUGUAAUACAACAAAUAUAAAAAUUCAAAAUUCAUCAUUCACUAACGAUUCUUCUUCUUCAAAAUUAGCAUAUUCUUAUUCAAAUAUUGAACAAACUCUUGAAUGUCCUGUAUGUCUUGAUCGUUUUCGUGAUCCACGUGCAUUACCAUGUCAACAUGUUUAUUGUUGUUUAUGUCUUAAAACAAUUAUAUCAUCAAAUAAAUCUUGUAUAAAAAUAAUUUGUCCAUUAUGUCAUCAAACAUUUUCAUAUAAGAAUUUUGAACAAUUUCCUAAAUCAUAUAUUCAUAAUCAAUUACUUGAUUUAAUUCCAAUUAAUUAUGAUAUUAAAGGAAAAUGUUUUAAAUGUAAAGAAAAUACUUUAUUAAAUUUAUGUCCAUGUUGUGAUUAUCAUUUAUGCAAAAUAUGUUUUGAAAAUGAUCGUCAAAAUUUAUUAAUUAAUCUUAAAAAUAUUUUUCAUCUAUGUUAUAAUAAUCGUGAUCAUUUAGAAAAACUAAUAUCAAUAGAUAUAAAUAAUUUAUUAUAUAAAACAAAUUUCUUAUUAAAUAAUUCUCAAACAAUAGAAUUUAAUAAUAUUUUAUCAAUAUUUUAUGAUUUAAAUUUUAUUUAUCAACAAAUAAAUAAAUUACCAAUAACAAUAACUAAACGAACAUAUGAAAAUGAUAAUGAAAAUUUAUCAGAUAUAAAACAUAGGAAAAUUGAAUCAACAACUUAUUUAAAUCAACCACAAGAACAAAUCAAUGAUGAUAAUGAUGAUGAUGAUGAUGAUGAUGAUGAUGAUAUUAUUUAUAUUAAAACAAUACAAACAAAAUCUACAUCAACAUUGGAUGACUCAUAG